CCUGCCGCGUAGUAGUAGCGUGCCGAGCGAGCAGCGAGCAGCGCUGAACGUCGUCGUCGUUUCUCAGUGUCGCCGCGGCGGUCGUGCCAGACGGUUCUGACAGUAGUUUUUCGUGGUGCUCGCUCUCGAUGCGUCCCAGCUCGCGUCCCGUUGCGAGCCGUGUCUCGUUCCACGCGACGUGUCACUUGGAUUAGACACGCGUCCGCGAACAUGUACGAACCGUGGGUCCGGAACUGAUCAACCUGAUCGAUCCGGCGGAUCCGUUUAAAAAUUCCCGCGGCCGUUCUCUGCGCGUCGCGUUACGAUUGUCUUCUUUACCGACCCGUCUCCCAUCCGCGCGCGGAUAACACGCGCUAAGUUCCCGCGUGUAGUGGCGAAGUGACUCCUGUUCGAUCCUGUUCCUCCAGGCCGGCGGACGGUGCUCCGUCAAUUGCGAAUGGAAUAGUGGUUUGAACGGUUCGAGAACGUUGGCGGGAACGUCGGGACGAAAACCGGUGGUGCGAGUUCGGAAAGUGUGACGUCGCCGAAGACCACGUGCGACACCGGCGCCAUCCGCGUGCUCAAUUUCGAAUUUCGCGCGACGACGACGCCGCAGCUGCCGCGCAGCCGUAACCCCGUCAUCAAGUUCAUUGCCGUGGACCGUUGCCGACAGUCUCGCACGAAGUUCUCUCUCGCUCUCUGUCUCUCAGUGAAGUCAAGUUGAAAAGAAAAGAAGUAAUAAACGUGGUUAUUGGUGGCAUUCUCUCUUUCUUUCUCUGUUCUCUCCUUUUAUUUCUCUGUUGUUUCUUCUCUCUUUCUCUUUCUCUCUUCCGUGGCCGUGGAACACACGGCGGGUGGGCACAUUGUAGCCGUCUCGCGCGGCGUUUGUACAAGUGGAUUUAACCUUGCGACCGAACACGUGGAUGCAUGCCUUCCUGUCGACGACGCCGUGCUUCUGACCGGCGAAGCUGUCUGCACGAAAAAUCCAGGUGCACAAGAAAAUGCGCGUAAGGUCAAGGUGACGGCAGAGCAUGGAGACCAUGCGAGACACUGGUGGGCUGCAGGUCGAUGGCUCGAAGGGAAGUGUCGCGUCGAGCUUAAACACCUCGAAAACAGUGAAUCAGUUGAAAAUAGUGGAAAGUGGUGAUGAAAGUGGCAAAGUUUUGAGUGAAAGUAAACGAGAAAUGGAUCCUUAUAAGGAGCUAGAGCUGUAUCUCGCCAAAGUCAACGAGGAGAUCGGCGAGAUCAUCGAAUCAGCGCCGACGACGCCGCUGACAAUCACGGACGAGCCGAAGUAUCCUACGCAACCCCCAGUUGUCCAGCCACUAAGAUAUCCGAGCGACGUGUACGCGACGCGGCCGCUCCCGUCGAAGGGUUGCGCGUACCGCAGGCAGCCCCUGGCAGGCAGAUGCUGCCCGGUAACGGACGACAUAGGGGACUGGUCGAAUAGCAUCCUGGCGGAGCUGAACACGAUCAUCGCGAACGAGAUCAACGAGCUGAGCAAGGAGAAAUCGCGGCAGGAACAGCCGGACCGUUGUCGCCGGGACAACAAGGGGGACCAGAGAAUCGUGCAGUACAAGGAGCUGUUGAACGAGUUCGGCAUAUCGGACAGCGAGAGUUCCGCGGGAAGCUCGUGCGAGACGGGCACCGAUCGAUCAUCCGGCCGGCGGAACAAGGAGGGCCGCGAUCGACGAAAUGGAAAGUUGUUCGCCGACGGGUCGGAGUACCGCUUCCUGUUGAGCUCCGACUACGACGAGCCGCGCGAUCGGAUCGCGUCGCCGGAAGCCGAGCGCGGGAAGAGCGGCAGUCUACCGGAGAACCUGCAGGCCGCGACCGGCGGAUGCAAGCGGUACGCGUCAGGAGAUGUCCUGACCUCGGAUUACGACGAGCUGAACACUUCGUCGCUUACAAGCUACAUGGGGGCAAGAAUCGACGGACACAGCGGUACCAGUCUACCCUCUAAACUAAACGAGAGGGAGCUACCGCGCCCAGGCUACCUGAACAGCUACGACCGACCAAAGAAACACGUAGAAAUAAGCUCUCAACCCGACGACAUGGACGUCAAAGCCGCCACGCCGUUCAAGAUCUACCCGAUGAACAUUGGCGUGGACGCUGAUAAAACUAUCGACGAAUCGAACGCGAAACUACCCCCGCGGCAGCGACCGGACGCCCACAGGAAAACCAGUCUUCCUUUGAACCUGAUGAGCCAGAAACGGAGGAGGACGCCGAGGCUGGCAAGGAUACGUCGCUGCGAGGAUCAUCCAGAGCUCGAUUACGAUUUCGGCGAGGAUAAAAUUCCUCCGUUGAAGCCGUCGGACGGCAACGGGGCGAGAUCGGCGCCAGUUACGCCGACCGAGGAGAAGAAAUCUCCUUUCUCGAAAUUGCUGUGGAAGAAGCACACGCCUGUGUUUCAUGAGAACGCCGGGGACGUGGUCCUUGUGCGGGUGUCCUCGUUGCCGGAUCAGGACUUUCUGCAUUUGGAGAACGAGAAGGUCAACCCGAAGGACAGCACAACGAGGAAGAGGGCGGUCUCGCCGCUGACGCUGCGCUCAGACGCUUCUGCGAAAAGACUGUCCGAGUCCGAUAAGGACAUCAGGCAGAUCAGUCCCGUCGAUCUGAAGAAAUUCUCGCUGGGCAGAUCGAGGGGCAACGACGUGGGUGUCGGCUGCGAUCUGCCGGAAGACGACAAUGUCGAGUCGGUCGCCAGCAGCGCCGACGCCGGCAAGUUCGAGCGGACGGGGAACGUCGACGCGAAGAAAAUAAUGGACGAGCAGAAUUCGAGAUCCGGUUCGCUACCAAUUUCUCUUCAAUCUCUCUUAUCGAAGAUUCGAAAUGGCUCUGGGUCGUGUUGCACGAACAGCCCACCUAUGGAUUCGUUCACUUGUUCCGACAUGGCGACGCAAACUUCGCCAGCUAUUUCGAGAAGUUCAAGCUUUACGUGGGUCAGCGAUUGCGAAUCACCUCGAGCGGAAUCGCAAAUGGAUUCUCAGUCGUUGCAAGAUGAAAGCACAUUGGAUCCAGCCUCUCCGCAAGACACCGUCGACGACGACAAUAGAUCCUCGUCCUCGUCACAGGAUCUACUUCAGAGCAUGGACGAGAUUUCCUCCGGAAGCCUGUCGCCGGAUACGACCGACAGAGCGUCUCCGCUUGAAAGUGGCAUUGGCACUGCCAGUCCACCGAGGAGUACAGAUCGACGGAUAGUUAAGCCCCCGUCGUCCAACAAGUGUCACCGCAAGGAGACGUGGGAGCGGAUUCGGCGACGGCCGUCAAAAUUGAAUUCGCGAAACGACAAGCAUUCCCAGGACGUGUGGAUAAAACGCGAGAGCGUGCAUACGCAGACGAAAGAAACCGACGACCAGUAUUCCCAGGACGCGGUGGACAGCAGCAGCGGCCUCGACGACACCCUGCCGAGGAUCAAGCCGCUGCGCCCGACGAAUCUGCCGCUGUGUCUGUCCACGACAGCGAGCAGUUCUCUGAGCUCUGGCGAAUUGUUGGAGACACCUCCUCGUGCACCGUCGUCCCCAUCCGCGGCGAGUCUUCAGUUGAAACCAGAGCCCUUGGCCAUCGAAAUGGGCGGAAAGAGUAGCAGCGCUCCAUUACUGGAGAACAACGACGCGGAGAAGCCCAACGGGAAGGCGCCGAGUUUGCAGCAGCCGCGCUCGCAGUCGGAACGACAACUGUCAGAAAUCGAAGCACAAGAGGCUUGCAAAUGGCUAAGAGCAGCUGGCUUUCCGCAAUAUGCGCAGAUGUACGAGGAUUAUCAGUUCCCGAUAGACGUCUCUGGCGUAGCGAAGGACCACCCCUUCCUCGAGGCUGAUUCUCUGCAGAGUCUGUUCCGACGAUUGCACGCUUUGAAUCGGUGUGCCAACAUGAAGAUCGAUACGCAUCACACGCACAGCACCAGCCACAGCAAAAGCGGUGGUGGCGAUGAUUCGGACGAAGAUACCCAGUGCGCCCUGAGCGAGAACUGGACGUUCGAGAAGCGGACCAGGCGCUGGUCGCGCGUGUGCGACGUGACGCAGGCGAACGUUGAGAGGCUACAGGCGAUCGCCGGGCAGAACGUGCAGUCCGAGGAGGACUCGCUGGAGGAUCGUCUGGAAGCGGAGGAGGCCGAGGACACGAUGCUGGACACGCUGAGGUACAGCAGCCUGCCGCCUGGGACGCUUCCCGAUGAGAUCAGUCCGCGAUUUCGAAGAACUGGUUCCGAGAGGCUGAAAGACGGGGCGAAGGCUUUCCUCAGGCGGGUUGAGUCGCUCAAGUCCCGGCGACGGAAACAUCAGAAUCGGGACGGGAUCGUGAUCAGCGGCCCGCAGAUCCUGGAUGUGAUGUCCAUGCAGCAGAAGAUGAAGGAGCUGAACUGCGUGGAUGUGUCGCCAACUGGGCCGGCGCCGGUCUCGUUCGGCGACCUGCCCGUGUCGCCUCUGCACGUGCCUGGCUCACCCGUCACCUUGCCAGCUUCUCCAUAUCAUCUACCACCCUCGCCCUUAACCAACGCGCCCAGUCCAUUCGGCGACGAUUCGUCGAGUUACUGCUCGGACGGCUCGCAAGGGGGCGGACCGACGCCUACGCCAACCCGCACGAAGAUGAAUCGGGCGAGGAGGUUCCUGCACCGAGGCCGCGAAGACCACGGUGCACUAAGCGAUUCCGAAUGCCAGCCAACUAGUUGGCGUCAUAGGUACUUCAGAGACGCGAACAGCAACCACGCGAAGGUGCUGGAGUACGUGGCCGCCCAUCCCCAGAGCCCCAAGGACUCGCCCAGCAAGAACGCUCCGAUAAACACCCGCGGGGGCAGUCUGAACCUCGGCAAGGAGUCGCAGAGGUACAGGGACAAGCUGACGCAGAGUCAGGACAGAUACAAGGAGGACAAGGUGACCACUUUGAAGAGGGAGGAUAAGAUUCAUAAAAGCUUCAGGCAUCGGGACGACUCUUAUAAAGAUGGCAAACCUCUGGCCAAGGAGGUCGCUGUGUAUAGAGAGAAGUCGAGGUCUAGGAAUUCGGAACUGGCCGGCAGUCAGGAGAGCAGCUCGACGGUAGCCAGUCGUGACUCCGAUCAGGAAGAGGACUCGCCCAGGCACAAGGGUACCGUGGUUAGGUGGCACAGUUUCCAGAGGGGAUCUUUGUAUCCGGAUCCUCUGGAUCCUCUGUGUCCCCGAGCGAUGGCAUCUAUGUCCUGCGGACAGUUGUUAGUCCUCAGAAAAUUGGCUCUCCUGAAGCUGACUGCUUGCAUGGAACGCUACUGUCCCACUCAUCGGACGGGGUGGAACUGGGAGUUGCCGAAGUUCAUCAGGAAGAUAAAGACUCCUGACUAUAAAGAUAAGACAGUAUUCGGUGUCCCGUUGCUGCUGUCUCUGCAGCGGACUGGACAAGCCUUACCAAAGUGUAUACAGAUAGCUCUGAGAUGGUUGAGGGCGAACGCGCUCGAUCAAGUCGGGAUAUUCAGGAAGAGUGGGGUCAGGUCGAGGAUACAGAAAUUAAAGUUGUUGACGGAGACCCUCGGGGAUAAUAUCAACUUCGACGGCCAACAAGCCUUCGACGUGGCUGAUCUCGUGAAACAAUACUUCAGGGAACUGCCGGAAGCGUUAUUGACCAACAAGCUCUCCGAGACUUUUAUCGCUAUCUUUCAACAUGUACCUGUUGAGCUGCGACCAGAAGCGGUACAGUGCGUUCUGUUGCUUCUGCCGGACGAGCACCGGGAGGCGUUGGAGACUCUGCUCGAUUUCUUGAACCACGUAGCGAGCAACGCUCCCUACAACCAAAUGACAGCCUCGAACCUGGCCGUGUGCCUGGCACCGAGCCUGUUCCACUUCAACCACAGCAACACGAACGUGACCAACAGGUCGAGCAGCGUAUCGCCACGUAGAAGAAAGACCGUGGGCAUUCCCGAUCAGAGGGAACUGUCGGAAAACAAAGCCGCUCACGACUGUCUUCUGUAUCUGGUCAAGAUGCAUCGUGAAUUAUUCAUGGUCUCCUCGGAUAUGUUGACGCAGUGUCAUUUCAAUUACAUGGAAGAAAGCGUACCGGUCGCCUUGGAGGAGCUCGGCUCCGAGCUCAAACAGGACUGGAGGGGAUAUCUUUAUGCCUGCACCACGGCUUUAUUGAAGGAGGCACGUGAAAAGAGCCGAGGAUGGGUCACUGUCAACAACCCAGCAGACAGUACAGUGGAAAUGGCUUACAAGAAGGUUGGAGAUGGGCAUCCAUUGCGAUUGUGGCGAGUGUCGACGGAAGUAGAGGCUCCGCCAAACGAGCUUCUUCACCGUGUUCUGAGGGAAAGACACAUCUGGGACCCUCAACUGUUAAAAUACAGACUAGUCGCCAAGCUGGACAGCAACGUGGAGGUCUUUCAAUACGCCACCGGGAAUAUGAGUCCACUUCCUGCUAGGGAUUAUUGUGUGCUAAGAUCCUGGCGUAACGAUCUCCCCAAAGGGGCCUGCGUGAUCGUAGAAACGUCCGUGGAACAUCCGGAUGCUCCUGUCAUGCUUGGCGGAACACGCGGUAUUGUUUUGGCCUCGCGAUAUCUUAUCGAACCUUGCGGUAGUGGCAAAUCACGGAUCAUGCACCUUUCCAGAGUGGAUACAAAAGGACGCACUCCAGAAUGGUACAACAAGAGUUAUGGCCACCUCGCUGCCCUUCACCUUAGUAAAAUCCGCAACUCCUUCAAGCACACAACCGACGGCCCCGAGAGUAAAGUCUGAGAGGAGGCUACCGUGCAACGAUCCCCGUUGCACGGUCCUUACACGACUCUGCAGGAUCAAGACGCGCAAGAUCAGCAUCAGGAACGCAGGAUCGAGCUGCGACAGGUCGCGCCUACCAUUAGCGAGGAAUGACCGAGGUUUACCGCUAAAUCCAAACUCGCGAUCGAACAUGAACCCCGUCAAUCCAAAACCAACACUCGCGAACAAAAAGAAACUAAUAUUUGAGCUUUAAUCGAUGUCAAACAGUCGAAGCUUGCGGCUUCCGUUGAAGCCCAACACGUUUAGCGUAGGCGUCAAAUUGUUGUGAACCACGAAACGGGAAACAAUUAAUCGUCAUCUUAAUAAUAAACGAGAAUUCUCGAUAAAGCUUCAUUGUCCGAGGAUCUUGCCGUCCAGUGAUCGCGAAAGUUAAAUGGCAGGACAUCGUAACGCAGGAAGAAGAAAUAACCGAGAAAUGCUAAUAUGUGUUUUCCGUGUACGUAGGGUAACGCAUUAUUUUUGCAAGUAGUCCGACGUUGUCGUCACUCGCGAUUCCAAAUGAAGGAGAACCAGGUUUCUUCCACCAGUUUCACCGAAUGCAAAGAGCUAGACUGGUGGUGCCCAAACGAUCGUGCGCGAAUGCAUAAGAAAGGAGACGCGUUAAUGUAUUUUCGAUCCUCGAAAGUCGUAAUCGCUAAAAGUUGUGUGAUCCGCGUAUCAUCAUCAAUAUUCGCGAUCUCGCCAGAUGAAAAGCAGAAAUAGGUAAAAGUGACAACGGAACAGGAGCAAUUCGCGCGCCGUAUAUACAUAUUCACACACCCGCACACCAGUUAAUAUGUAAGAGCCCGACAUUUUGUAUGUUUCUUUCGGACCAAAUGCCAAUUUUUCUAUUGUAUCAUAUCACUGAGCCGUCAUAUCGUCGUCGAGAAUGAUUAUAUUAGAGGCAAUUUUAUUUUGUAAAUGUCAGAAUCUAGACGAGUGGCACCGUGUAAAGUAUCGUAGAGCGUAUAUGUAUAUUGUACACGUACACGUGUGUGUAUUCUAUUUAUAUAAACAGUUACGGCGACGACGACGACGAAUCGGCGUGCGAUUUUUCACGGUGCGUUCGACCGAGCUACUCCGUGACGCGUUCCGAUCGUGAUCGACGUCGCGAUCGACCCCAGUCCCUCAAGCCCCCCACUCUACCCCACACGAUUAAUCCGAUUAAUCGAGCAAUGCGAAAGGAUUUUGAGUAAACGUGUAAGUCAUCGAGUCCGACCGCCCCCACAUAGAACACGGCGGGACUCCUCUUAAUUAAGCAGUCGUAAUUGUCACUCGUAACGCGAUGUUGAAUCGUUGAAGCUCUCAUAGAGUCUACUGUUAAUUGUCCGCCUGGUUAAGAACAAAAGAAACAAGCAAGCAAAAUUAUAAAUGUUAAUCGAGUCGCGGUGGUUCGAAGGAUUCGUUUGCGUUUUUCCUUUCACCUCUUUUGUUUCGUCUCUUCUUCUUCUCCUUCUUCUUCUACUUCUUUUUCUCUUGUAUUUUUCUUUUCCUCUUUUCGAUGGUUCUCGGCCAGUCGAGCAUUUAGGAACGAUUAAUCGUCGUUCGAGACACGUUCGCGCGUGUCGCACGCGACUAUACACGCAUCUAGGGACCACCCACGUUCAGAACCCCGGAAACAGGAAACGACCUGAAGAAUAAUACACCUCAUCGAAUCGAAUUAUAAAUGUAUUUUAACAUAAUACUAGUCACUUACAGUUAGAGGAAAUUAUGGAGUUUACAAUCUUAAGUGUAUAGAUUUUUAUUCUGCAGAACGUUACGUCGAGAAUAUUUAAUUAUUAUUAUUAUUAUUAUUAUUAUUAUCAUUAUGUAUUAUUAUUAGUAUCAUUAUUAUUAUUAAUAUUAAAAUUAUUAUUAUUAUUAUUAUUAUUAAAAUUAUUAUUAUUAUUAUUAUUAUUAUUAUUGACAUAAAGUAAUUCUAUGGAAAAAAUAUAUGAUAUUUUUGUGUCCAAAAAACGCCAGUAGGAACACGAGAAUGAUUGUGCCUGCGCAUGUGUGAGUGCAUGAAAGAGAGAGAAAAAGAGCGAGAUAGAGAGAGAAAGGAAGAAAGAGAAUGAAACGAGCGUAUGAUUGUUUCUUCGUUAUUUGUAACGAUAUAUGAUCGUCUUUAUUCUUGUAAUCCGUGUUUCACUAGAAUGUAAAUAUGUAUAUUAUACAAUAAUGAAACACAAUUAUAUACUCAUUA